UAGCGGCCAGGCAGCCCAGCUUCGCGAAGGCUCUCGGCGCGCGGCGGCCCGCAGGCACCCGGCACGCGCCCGCCCCGCCGCCACUAUGCCCAAGAGGAAGGUCAGCUCCGCCAAGGGGGCGGCGAAGGAGGAGCCCAAGAAGAUGUCGGCGAGGUUGUCAGCUAACCCUGCUCUUGCAAAAGUGGAAACGAAGCCAAAAAAGGCGGCAGGAAAGGAUAAAUCUUCAGACGAAAAAGUGCAAACAAAGGGGAAAGGGGGAGCAAAGGGAAACCAGGCUGAAGUGGCCAACCAAGAAACGAAAGAAGAUUUACCUGCAGAAAACGGAGAAACUAAAAAUGAGGAGAGUCCAGCCUCCGAUGAAGCAGGAGAGAAAGAAGCCAAGUCUGAUUAAUACCAUAAACCAUGUCUUAUCAGUGGUCCCUGUCGUCCUUCUUGUACAAUCCAGAGGGAUAUUUUUAUCAACUAUUUUGUAAAUGCAAGUUUUUUAGUAGCUCUAGAAACAUUUUUAAGAAGGAGGGAAUCCCGCCUCAUCCCAUUUUUUUUAAGUGUAAAUGCUUUUUUUUAAGAAAUCAUUUGCUGGUUGUUUAUUUUUUGGUACAACCAGGAAAUAGUGGGAUAUUGAAUGUGGGAGGCUUUGAUUGUCUUGGGUGUCAGCUCAACAUUCCAUAGAUGGGGUAGUUUUUAUAUCCUAUAAUACUAAAUGGUAAUUUGGAGUCGGUCGUGCAUUUACUAUGUCUUGAAUAUUUUAAAUUACUUCUAUUCCCAUGUUAUUUUUGGUAGAAUUGUUUCCGAAAGAAAACCACUCCUAGAUCUUGGCUCUCCCGGUCAGAAUUCUUGGGCACUCUGUAACAUCUUGGUCGUGGUAGUACAGUUUUCCUAGUA